GCGCUGUGCCGCGCCUUCGCCGCCUCCGGCCGCCAGCGAACCCCGGGCCACGGCGCCGAGCGCAGGGACGCAACGCCGAGCCAGGUCUCAAGGUUCUGCCCACCGAGGACAUCUCGUCAUGAUUGGAUAGGACCCCCAGAUAAGUACUCAAAUCUGCGGCCUAUUCAGUUUUACGGCCCUGAAGAUGAAUCAGCCCUGGAACAACAGCUGCGAGAGCUAAGACUCGAAACACAAGAAUGGAAUCAAAAGUUCUGGGCAGACCAGAAUUUGACUUUUAGAAAGGAAAAGGAAGAAUUUAUCCGCUCGAGACUGAAGGCUAAAGGCCUGGGACCAAGGAUGGAAGCAGGUCAAACGCUGCAUGCAGAGGAAAUGGCAGACUUCUACAAGGAAUUUUUAAGUAAGAAUUUCCAGAAGCACAUGUAUUACAACAGAAUGUAUGACAGCAUGUCCACCAUGGUGUACAUAAAGGAAGACAAACUGGAGAAGCUCACGCAGGAUGAGAUCAUCUCCAAGACAAAGCAGGUCAUCCAGGGCCUGGAAGCGCUGAAGAAUGAGCAUAAUUCGAUCCUGCAGAGCUUGCUGGAGACACUCAAGUGCUUGAAGAAAGAUGACGAAAGUAACCUGGUGGAGGAGAAAUCCAGCAUGAUCCGCAAGUCGCUGGAAAUGCUGGAGCUUGGCCUGAGCGAGGCGCAGGUGAUGAUGGCAUUAUCCAAUCACCUGAACGCCGUGGAGUCUGAGAAGCAGAAGCUGCGUGCCCAGGUGCGCCGUCUGUGCCAGGAGAACCAGUGGUUGCGGGACGAGCUGGCCAACACGCAGCAGAAGCUGCAGAAGAGCGAGCAGGCCGUGGCCCAGCUGGAGGAGGAGAAGAAGCACUUGGAGUUCAUGAAUCAGUUAAAGAAGUAUGACGACGACAUCUCUCCCUCCGACGACAAGGACAGUGAUUCCACCAAAGAACCCCUGGACGACCUUUUCCCGAAUGAUGAGGACGACCCCGGCCAAGGCAUCCAGCAGCAGCACAGCAGUGCAGCGGCCGCUGCCCAGCAGGGUGGCUACGAGAUCCCAGCGCGCCUGCGGACGCUACACAACCUGGUCAUCCAGUAUGCGUCUCAGGGCCGCUAUGAGGUUGCUGUGCCCCUGUGCAAGCAGGCCCUGGAGGACCUGGAGAAGACCUCUGGCCACGACCACCCCGACGUGGCCACGAUGCUCAACAUCCUGGCCCUGGUCUACAGGGACCAGAACAAAUACAAAGACGCAGCCAACCUGCUCAACGAUGCUCUGGCCAUCCGUGAGAAGACCCUAGGCAAAGAUCACCCCGCGGUGGCCGCGACGCUCAACAACCUGGCUGUGCUGUACGGAAAGCGAGGGAAGUACAAGGAAGCGGAGCCGCUGUGCAAGAGAGCCCUGGAGAUCCGGGAGAAGGUCCUGGGCAAGGAUCACCCUGAUGUCGCCAAGCAGUUGAACAACUUGGCGUUGCUGUGUCAGAACCAGGGCAAGUACGAGGAGGUGGAGUACUAUUAUCAGCGCGCCCUGGAGAUCUACCAGACCAAGCUGGGACCCGACGAUCCCAACGUGGCCAAGACCAAGAACAACCUGGCAUCCUGCUACCUGAAACAAGGGAAGUUCAAGCAGGCAGAGACCCUGUACAAAGAGAUCCUCACCCGGGCACACGAACGGGAGUUUGGCUCUGUGGAUGAUGAAAAUAAACCCAUUUGGAUGCACGCGGAGGAAAGAGAAGAAUGCAAAGGGAAGCAGCGGGACGGGGCGUCCUUCGGCGAGUAUGGUGGCUGGUACAAAGCCUGCAAGGUUGAUAGUCCCACCGUCACCACAACUCUGAAAAACCUGGGAGCGCUCUACAGACGCCAGGGCAAGUUUGAAGCCGCGGAGACACUCGAAGAGGCUGCUAUGAGGUCCCGUAAACAGGGUCUCGACACUGCCCACAAGCAGAGAGUGGCCGAAGUGCUCAAUGAGCCCGAGGGCUCGGAGAAGCGGCGCAGCCGGGAGAGCCUCACCUCGGACGUGGUCAAGUACGAGAGCGGUGCGGGCGGGGAGGAAGUGAGUAUGAGCGUGGAGUGGAACGGGGACGGCACGGGAGCCUUAAAGCGGAGUGGUUCCUUUAGCAAACUGCGGGCCUCCAUUAGACGCAGCAGCGAGAAGCUGGUUAGGAAGCUGAAGGGAGGCGGCUCGCGGGAGAGCGAGCCCAAGAACCCUGGCCUGAAGCGUGCCAGCUCUCUGAACGUUCUUAAUGUGGGUGGCAAGGCAGCUGAAGACCACGUCCAAGAACGAGAGAACAGCCUGGCCGACUCACGCGCUCUGAGCGCCAGCCACACUGACCUGGCCCGCUGAG